AUGGCUGGAUCGGGGCCGGUAGGGAGGCUGCGGCACCUGUGCCACCGCUAUCAGGAGUACGUGAAGCGGCACCCGGCGGCCACUGCCCAGCUGGAGAGCACCGUGCGCGGCCUCUCCUACCUGCUGCCAGGACGGUUCUCUGACUCUCAUGAACUUUCUGAGCUUGUGUAUUCUGCCUCCAAUUUGCUGGUGUUGCUGAAUGACUGGAUCCUUCGGAAGGAGUUUCAUCGGUCCCUUCCUGUGUCACUUCCCCAGCAGAAGCUGCUGACAUGGCUGAGCGUCCUCGAGUGCAUGGAGGUCUUUGCCGAGAUGGGGGCUGCCAAGGCGUGGGGUGAGACUGGCCGAUGGGCUGUCAUUGUCCUCAUUCAACUUGCCAAAGCCAUCCUGCGCCUCCUGCUGUUGCUCUGGUACAAAGCUGGCAUCCAGACAUCCCCUCCCAUUGUGCCACUAGACAGGAGGCAGUCCUUGCAGCAGGGAGACGCAGAGGGCAGCUCAGCAGGCAAGGAGCAGAUAUAUGUGGGGAAGCGCUCUAGCCGUGUCGUGAGGUGCCUCGAAAGCACCCCAUCCCUGCACUCCAGGCACUGGGGAGCGCCUCAGCAACAGGAGGAGAAGCAGAACCAAAGAGCCAAGGAGACGGACCAGCCUCCGACCCCUUUGGGCAUCCAGGAGACCAUCGCGGAGUCUGUCUACGUGACCCGGCCACUGCUCCACUUACUAAGUUUAGGGCUGUGGGGGCAGAGAUCUUGGAAACCCUGGCUCCUGUCGGGAUUCUUGGAUAUCACAAGCUUGAGUUUACUGAGCGACGUGAAAGAGCUGAACAAGCGUGAGCGCCUGGAGCUGAGACGCCGGACUAUCUUGCUGCUGUACUACCUGCUGAGAUCUCCCUUCUAUGACCGAUACUCAGAGGGCAGGAUCCUGUUUCUGUUGCGGCUGCUGGCAGAUUAUGUCCCUGGAGUUGGCUUAGUUACACGGCCACUGAUGGAUUACUUGCCAGCCUGGCAGAAGAUUUAUUUCUACAACUGGGGAUGAUCCGGCGUAAACGUGGAGGCUGGAGCUAGGGUGGCUCAGGUUGAGGGCAGAAUCUUGCAGUGACAGGAUGCCUUUAUGC